AUGAGGUUACUUAAGCCUGCCUGGGUGUCUCAUGGAUUCUUAUCAAAGGACAAAGCUAUUGGUCGACCUAUAUAUAGCUUAGAUAUACAUCCUGAUGGUUCACGUCUGGCCACUGGUGGGGUAAUUGACACAUGUGGAGUUGUUGUUUUAUGGAAUAUGGCUCCUAUCCGAGAUCCAACUUUAGAAUCAAAUGAAAACUCUUGUCUUAAGCUUUUUCAAAUGGACAGUCAUCAAGCUUGUGUCAAUUGUGUUCGUUGGUCACCAUCUGGUCGUUGGUUAGCAUCUGCUGGAAUGGAUAAAGUUAUUAUGUUAUGGUCGAAAACAGCUGGUACAUCCCGUCCAGUUCAAGUAUUUGGUUCAAAAGAACCUACUAAGUUUACAGAACAUUGGCGUUGUGUGUCAACACUUCGAGGUCAUAGUGGUGAUAUUAUUGACUUAUCUUGGUCUCAUGAUGGAAAUCGUUUGGCUUCAACUAGUGUAGAUAAUUCUGUCAUUGUUUGGUGUCGUCAAAAACUUUCUAAUGGUUCAGGUUAUACAAGCAAUUCUUUCUAUUUACAAGCAACUUUACGAGGUCAUAAAGGUUUUGUUAAAGGUGUCACCUGGGAUCCAGUUGGUCGUUAUUUGGCUAGUCAAGGUGAUGAUUUAACUGUGAAAAUAUGGCGUACUGCAGACUGGCAAGAAGAGGCCAGCAUUAGUAAACCAUUUACAAAGGCUAGUGGACAAAGUCAAGUUAUGCGUUUAUCAUGGAGUUUAGACGGGUCAACUCUUGCAUCACCUCAUGCUAUAAAUAAUGGAUUUCCUACUGCUAAACUAAUUGAUCGAACAAAUUGGUCACCAAGUUUAGAUUUAGUUGGACAUCGUAAACAUGUUAUUUGUGCACGUUAUAAUCCUAAUGUUUUACGAAAACAAGAUGGUUCAGGCAUUCCAUCAUUAUUUUCAAUGUUAUUUCAUUUAUGA